AGGUGAUAUGUUCAGCUGUCAUGCUGUUGAUAACCCUGACCUGGAGUCCGAACUUGUAAGUGUGUGAUGUACUGUGUUUUUACGUCAUAGCAUGAGUUUAAAACUGGGAUAAGGAUAUAGUCCCAUAUUUUCUUAUGAGACCCAACCGUAAGGUUAAUAGGGCCGAGCCCAAAUAAUGCCAGAGGGGGUCUGGCGAUGCUUCCGCCCGCAUUUCCGCAGCUCACAGUCUCCGAGAUAGUUGUUAAAGUAGUGGCACAGGAUUAUUGUUGAAGUGGAGCCAGUACUUCAGUAAAUUCAGGGAAGGGUGACCUUUAGGGGAUGACUGGUGAUACAAGAGCGACCGCUGUUAUGAACAUGUUUGUUACGUAUGGGAGGCUAGCAGCCAAAGGCUUUGUUAUUAGGGAGAUGUUGUCAGUAGUGCCGCUGCCGUGCCUCCAGAGAGGAGCCUUAGUGGGAAAGAGAGGUUCAUAAAUGAAAUGGAGGGUUUCCAUAAGAUAAUUGGGAUGAGUGUGUGUAGGGUCUUAAUUUUACAGGCAAUGUUGAGGCAGUAUGGGAGAGAUGUUCCGGAGCACCUGCUUGAGAAACUGGUUGGAGCGUUCUCUGAGCUGAGAGCCAUGGCAGAUGAGGGCCUUAUUGCGUACCCCUACUCCACCCGGGAAGUCGUGGCUAUCGUCAAACACCUCCAAGAGUUUCCACAUGAGGGAGUGUCAAGUGUUGCACGGAACGUGUUUGAUUUUGACACCCACAACCCGGACCUGCUUCAGGUGAUCAUGAGAGUUCUCCACAGGCAUGGGAUCCCGGCUGGGGCCUCCUCCAGCAGUGUUCGACUCUCCCCGCAAUAUCCGUUACCGGCUCUCCAGCAAAUUGGCCAGUGGAUUGUAAAAACUGAUAAUGCUAUGACUCUUGAUUGUCAUCACUUACCUGUUGCCUUGAAGUUUGUUGUCAGGGACCAUCAAGAGGCACUCCAACAGAAUUGGAUCUGGAGAAGGUCAAUGUGAGAGGAAGGGAGUUCUCAGAAUUGCUUUCUCACUGGAGAGUACCUUUGGAUACAGGCAAUUUCAUAGCAUCCACCUCCAUUGGACCUGGGCAUUCAGCUGAUUCAUCAAAGGUUCUGCACGCAGCACUGGCCAAUCCUGUGUCAGUGUUGUCGAUGCCUGUGUCUGUUAGUGAGAGCAAAGGCUAUUGGCUGGAUCUCUCCUCUCUGUUCCCCAUUGCUACUGGCAUGUGGACUCCUCAUCUAAACAUGGCACCACUGUCCCAUGGGAGAAUGCUCCUUCAUGAAGGACUG